AACUCUCUAGGAAGAUAAACCUAGAGAUCAGGGGUUUGGGGUGCGUCUAAGAAGCAUCGGUGAGAUGUACUUAACUACGUCUCUUUUCAACAAUUAUAGCGGGCAAGCAGAAGCUGAACGUGGACAAGUCAUAUCAAAGAGCGAGUCCUAGCUGCGCACUGUCGACGUAGUAACCUGACCGUAGGCCAUGGUUGUGGAGUUGUCGCGUCGGAGGUUGAUUCUUGUGUCGCUGCAGAGCCGAACCUAGUCAGCGUGUACGACGCAACACACAACACACCUUGCAUCUGCAUCAACAAUCAAGAUUCCCGCACACCGUUUCUCUCCAUCCCCUUCCCACCAUGCUUCCGCAAGACAAACACUAUCGCUACAUCGACGAGCCUCCACAUCUGCCUCCACCUUCGACACUAUUGCGGCCGCGGCAUCGGCACGACUAUUCCCUACGCGAGAUCUUAUAUAAUCGGCGGAAGAAGAUGGAUCGUGUUGAAGCCCUAGAUGCCGGGCGCAUGACGCGCCGGCGGGCCGCAGAGAUGGCCGCGGGGAAAGAUACUGCGGAGAAAGAUGCGGGUCAGGUCGUUCCUAAAGCGGCCCGGGCCGUAUCUAAAACAAAUCGGACCGUUUCCAGGGAUACUCAGACACGAGAGGCCGCUCCGGGGGAGUGUCGGAUUGUUUCCAGCGAUUCCAUCUUCGACGACCGACCCGAUUUUUACAUUCCGUCGUUUCUCACUCGGACUAUAACCCGUAAGAAGGAGAGCCUUAUACUCAUAACACCACGUAUCGAGUUCAUCGACUUCAAAGAGGCGCAGCGCCUCUGCGUCAAGGUUAAAGGACUACAGCCACAGGACCCGAGGGAUCUCAUCACCAGAGACAUUCUACUAAAUACGGCAGAUCUCGACUUAAUCCGGUUAACAGUAGCCGACGCUGUUAAGAUGGCGGCGAAGUUCCGCUCCUCUUCUACUAUAGAGUCGCACUAGAUCUCCGUCGUUAUUAGGCCUAUACUGCAGCUGAUCCGCCGCCUUAGUCUAUUCUGUAAAUGUGAUCCCGACGGUAAUAAUAACCUUACUAUCCUCG